ACGUCCUCAGAAGUUGAGCAAACACCUCCUACUUCCCAGCCUUCCAUCCCAAUUUCUGCUAGGAAUUCGGAACCUCCCCUGCAGCGACUCGGAAGAUCCGAGGCGGCGGGGGACAAGUCGGCGCCCCAGAGCGGACGAGUCACCAGGUGUCAAGAUGCUGCAAGUACAUAGGACUGGACUGGGCAGGCUGGGGGUCAGCCUCUCCAAGGGUCUUCACCACAAAGCUGUGUUGGCCGUCCGGAGGGAGGAUGUGAACGCCUGGGAGAGAAGGGCCCCUCUAGCUCCCAAGCACAUCAAAGGCAUCACCAAUCUGGGAUACAAGGUCUUGAUACAGCCUUCGAAUCGGCGGGCCAUUCAUGAUAAGGACUAUGUCAAAGCUGGUGGCAUUCUUCAGGAGGAUAUUUCUGAAGCUUGUCUAAUUUUAGGAGUUAAAAGACCUCCAGAGGAAAAAUUAAUGUCCAGGAAGACUUAUGCAUUUUUCUCCCACACAAUAAAAGCUCAGGAGGCCAAUAUGGGCUUGUUGGAUGAGAUUCUAAAACAGGAAAUUCGCCUUAUUGAUUAUGAGAAGAUGGUGGAUCAUAGAGGAGUACGGGUAGUGGCAUUUGGACAGUGGGCUGGUGUGGCAGGAAUGAUCAACAUUUUACAUGGAAUGGGUUUAAGGCUCCUUGCUUUGGGACAUCACACACCUUUUAUGCACAUUGGCAUGGCUCAUAACUACAGGAAUAGCAGUCAGGCUGUGCAAGCUGUCCGUGAUGCUGGCUAUGAAAUAUCUUUGGGUUUGAUGCCUAAGUCAAUAGGACCCUUAACAUUUGUGUUCACAGGAACUGGUAAUGUUUCUAAGGGAGCCCAAGCAAUCUUUAAUGAGCUACCUUGUGAAUAUGUGGAGCCCCAUGAAUUAAAAGAAGUUUCCCAAACUGGAGACCUCAGAAAAGUGUAUGGGACAGUGCUAAGUCGUCAUCAUCAUCUUGUCAGGAAGACAGAUGGUGUGUAUGAUCCUGCAGAGUAUGACAAACAUCCUGAGCGCUACAUAAGUCGUUUUAAUACUGAUAUUGCACCCUAUACAACUUGCUUAAUUAAUGGAAUCUACUGGGAACAAAACACUCCUCGCCUCCUAACCCGCCAAGAUGCUCAGAGUCUCCUGGCUCCAGGCAAGUUCUCAGCUGCUGGUGUGGAAGGCUGCCCUGCAUUACCACACAAACUUGUAGCAAUAUGUGACAUUUCAGCUGACACAGGAGGGUCUAUAGAGUUUAUGACUGAGUGUACAACAAUAGAGCGUCCCUUUUGCAUGUAUGAUGCAGACCAGCACAUUAUUCAUGACAGUGUUGAAGGCUCAGGGAUCCUGAUGUGUUCCAUUGACAAUUUGCCGGCACAGCUCCCAAUUGAAGCUACAGAAUGCUUUGGAGACAUGCUUUACCCUUAUGUUGAAGAAAUGAUAUUAUCAGACGCGACACAGCCUCUUGAAAGUCAGAAUUUUUCUCCUGUGGUGAGAGAUGCAGUGAUUACAUCCAACGGUACAUUACCUGAUAAAUAUAAAUAUAUCCAGACACUCCGGGAGAGCAGGGAACGUGCUCAGUCACUUUCAAUGGGCACCAGGAGAAAGGUUUUGGUUCUUGGAUCUGGCUACGUAUCUGAGCCUGUAUUAGAAUAUUUAUCAAGAGAUGGCAAUAUAGAAAUAACAGUAGGCUCUAACAUGAAGAAUCAAAUUGAACAGUUAGGCAAGAAAUAUAAUAUUAAUCCUGUUAGCAUGGACAUUUGUAAACAAGAAGAGAAGCUGGGCUUCUUGGUGGCAAAACAGGAUCUUGUAAUCAGCUUGUUGCCUUAUGUAUUGCACCCUCUUGUGGCCAAGGCCUGCAUCACAAACAAAGUUAACAUGGUCACUGCAAGCUACAUCACACCAGCACUAAAAGAACUGGAAAAGAGUGUGGAAGAUGCUGGCAUCACAAUCAUUGGUGAAUUGGGAUUGGACCCUGGUCUGGAUCACAUGUUAGCAAUGGAAACAAUAGAUAAAGCCAAGGAAGUGGGAGCCACGAUUGAAUCAUAUAUUUCCUACUGUGGUGGGCUUCCAGCCCCUGAACAUUCAAACAAUCCAUUGAGAUAUAAAUUUAGCUGGAGUCCGGUGGGAGUUUUGAUGAACGUAAUGCAGUCUGCUACCUAUCUGCUCGAUGGAAAGGUUGUGAAUGUUGCAGGAGGCAUCUCCUUUCUUGAUGCCGUUACGUGCAUGGAUUUUUUCCCAGGAUUAAAUUUGGAAGGCUAUCCUAACAGAGACAGUACAAAAUAUGCUGAGAUUUAUGGCAUUUCUUCUGCUCACACUUUGUUGCGGGGGACACUGAGAUAUAAGGGAUAUAUGAAAGCUUUGAAUGGAUUUGUAAAAUUAGGUCUAAUAAACAGAGAAGCACUUCCUGCCUUUAGACCUGAGGGCAACCCUCUCACCUGGAAACAACUCCUCUGUGACCUAGUUGGGAUUUCACCUUCCUCUGAGCACGAUGUGUUGAAGGAAGCUGUUCUUAAGAAACUAGGAGGAGACAAUGCCCAGUUGGAGGCUGCUGAAUGGUUGGGCUUACUUGGGGAUGAACAAGUCCCUCAGGCAGAAUCCAUUCUGGAUGCCCUCUCCAAGCAUUUGGUCAUGAAGCUUUCCUAUGGUCCUGAAGAAAAAGAUAUGAUUGUGAUGAGAGACAGCUUUGGAAUCAGGCAUCCUUCUGGACACUUAGAACAUAAAACGAUUGAUCUUGUGGCAUAUGGGGACAUCAAUGGCUUUUCAGCCAUGGCUAAAACCGUGGGGUUACCCACCGCCAUGGCAGCCAAAAUGUUGCUUGAUGGUGAAAUUGGAGCCAAAGGCCUAAUGGGGCCCUUUUCAAAGGAGAUCUAUGGACCAAUAUUGGAGCGAAUUAAAGCAGAAGGCAUUAUAUAUACUACACGGAGUACAAUUAAACCAUAAUUGAGAAUUAUAUUUUGUUUUUUUCUUCCCAGGCAAUACACCUCUGAACAUGUGUGUGAUAAGUGGGUUUGCUAAUGUGCUGUUUUAAAGUAUAAAGCAUAAUAUGUUUUGGUUAACACAAUGUACUUUUUGAACUAUAAAUCUUCAUUUUAAUGUGGAAAUGUUUGGAACAGGAGAUGCCAGCCACUAACAGAGAACUUUAAUAAUUCUACCCUGUAUUUUAUAAAUAUGUAUGUGAAAGUGAUGAUCGUGCUAUUUGUUAAUUUAUUGUGCCACUUUUUUCUUAAAUGAACGUAUUGUCUUAUAACCAGCAGAUGAAGUUUUACUUUUUUAGUCAGAAAAAAUUUCCUCAUAAAGCUAUAUUUUUAUAUUUUUAAAAUUGAUACAGUUAGGUACCUUUAGAUUACCUAUCUGUAAGUUUUUGCCAAAAUGCUGUUUUAUGCUCUUUUUGUAAAGUUAUGAUUUAUUUUGUAAAUGUAAUUCCUUAUAGUUUUCUCUUGAGUGUUUGGAAAUGAGAAUAGAUAAGAUUAAAUUACAAUUUACAAGAUCACUUCAUUAGGCACAGGAAAAGUAUUUAACAAAACUCAACACCCUUUUACAAUAAAAAAUAAAAAACCCUCAAUAAACUAGGAAUAGAAGGAAACUUCCUCAACCUGAUAAAGGGCAUCUAUGAAGAACCCACGGUUAGCAUCAUACUUAAUGGUGAAAGACUGGAUUAUUUCCCCCUGAGAUCAGAAACAAGACAAGGAUGUCUGCUUUGGCCAUUUCUAUUCAACUUGUACUGGACAGUCAAGAAAGGGCAAUUAGGCAAGAAAAUAAAAUAAAAGUCAUCUAGGUUGGAAAGGAAGAAGUAUAACUAAAUAGAGAUGGGAGACAAUAUGGUGGUUUUAUGCAUAGUAAUCCAAAGGAAAACUAUAGAAAAUCCAAAGACAUGAUCUACUAAUAAAUAAAUUCAGCAAAGUUACAGGAUACAGGAUUAAAUAUGCAGAAAUUGGUUAUCUUUCAAUAUAGUAUCAAUGAAUAAAUCAAAAAUGGUAUUAAGAAAAUAAUUCAAUUUUCAACAGUGGUCAAGCUUGGUGGCUGGUGCCUGUAAUCCCAACACUUUGGGAGUCUGAGGCAGAAGGCUGCUAGAGGCCAGGAGACCAGCCUGGGAAACAGUGAGAUCGCAUCUCUACAAAAACAAACAAACAAACAAAAAACAACAAGCAAACAAAAAACAGCUGAAUGUGAUGACACACAUCUGUGGUCUCAGCUACUCAGAGGCUGAGGUGUAAGGAUGGCUUGAACCCCAAAGUUCGAAGCUGCAAUGAGCUAUAACUGGGUCACUGCAAUCCAGCCUGGAUGACAGAGUUAGACCCUGACUCAAAAAAAAAAAAAAAAAAAAAAAAAAAAACAAUUGACAGCAUCAGAAAGAGUAAAAUACUAAUAUAAUUGAGGGUCCAGAAAUAUUGAUCACAUUUAUGGUCAACUGACUUUUGAAAAUGGUGCUAAGACAAUUCAAUGGGGGAAAAAUAGUCUUUUUCAUUAAAUGGUGCUUGGAAACAUGGAUAUCCACAUGCAAAAUAAUGAAAUUGGACUCCUACCUCAUAUCGCAUAUAAAAAUUAACUCAAAGUGGACCUAAGAUCUAAAUGUAAGAGCUGAUAUUAUAAGUAUCUUCGAAGAAAACAUGGCAUAAAUCUUUCUGACUUUGAAUUAGGCAAUGAUUUCUUAAAUAAAUGACACUAAAAACACAAGCAACAAAAGAAGAAAAUAGGUAAAUUAAAAUUAAAACCAUUUGUGUUUCCAAGGACAAUAUCAAGAAAGCAAAAAUACAACCCACAGAAUGAGAUAAUUUUUUUAAAAUCAUGUAUUAGUUAAGGGAGGAAUUUGUAUUUAGAAUAUAUAAAGAACUGUUACAACAAUAAUUAAAAGGCAUAUAAUUCAAUUUUUAAAAAUCAACAAGAGAUCUGAAUUAACAGUUCUACAAAGAAGACACACAAAAGGCCAAUAAGCACAUGAAAAAGUUCUCAACAUCAUUAGCCAUCAGGGAAAUGCAAAUGAGAUCUACAAUGAGAUAUCACUUUACACUCACUGGAAUAGAUAUGUAAUCAAAGUGAUAAUAUCAAGUGUUGGUGAGGAUGCAGAGAAAUUGGAACCCUCAUGCACUGUUGGUGGAUACCCACGAGAUAUAGAAACAAAUGUCUGCACAAAAACUUGUGCACAGAUAUUCUUUGCGGCAUUAUUUAUAAUAGCCCAAAAUUGAAACAGCCCUAAUUUCUAUCAACUAACAAGUGAAUAAACAAAAUGUGGCAUAACUAUACAAGGAAUAUUAUUCAGCAAUAAAAAAAGAGAUGAAGUACUGAUAUGCACCACAACAUGGAAAAACCUUGAAAACAUAUCAAGUGAAGAAUGCCAGACAUGAAAGGCCACAUAUUAUAUGAUUUCAUUUAUACGAAAUGUCCAGAACAGGUGAGUAUAUAUCGAGAGAAGGCAGAUUAAUGGUUGCUUAGGCUGAGGGGUUGGGGAGGACAAAGGGGUGACUGCUAAUUAGUAUGGGGUUUCUUUUUUGGGGUGAUGUAAAUGUUGUAAAGUUGAUUGUGGUAAUGGUGGCACAACUCUGAAUAUACUAAAAACCACUGAAUUGUAUACUUUGAAUGUUUGAACUGUGUGGUACGUAGAUUUUAUCUCAAGUUGUUAUAAAAAAUUAAAUUACAAAUACAA